UCGCCUAAACACUGGACUCUCGGGUCAGCCUAUUGUCGUCUACAAUAAGGGAUCGGGGAAAUCCGUGUGAGGACGCAAUCCUUGGCUGUUUGAGGAGGGUAAUCAGGCGCAACACUACAUAUCGACGGAGAGUUCACUUAUUACUGAGUCUGUUCAAAACACGGGCAUCUGGUGUUCACGUCUCGAGAAAAGGACACCCGUCAAAUCGGACGUUUUAGACUCCAAUUUGGACGUGAUUGGAAUUGAAAUAAAACACAGACCCAUUGUAAGCCCGUUCCAGAAUUUCGGUACUAGAGCCGCCCCUUGAGGGAGCCACUAACCACCGUUACCAUGGAGACGACAGGGAAAUCCCCCGACUCGGAGUCCACCUACAUCUUGAAGGACAAGUCUCCGUCACAGGACUCUGGUCACACCUCUCACAUGACGGAUGACUCACGCCACCUUGUGGAACCUGAAUCAGACAAGAAGAAAAUACAGAGUAACAUACCCUUUACCAGCUUUAACUUCAUUAACUCGAUUGUGGGUUCCGGAAUUAUAGGUAUCCCUUACGCCAUUAACCAGGCAGGGUUUGGACUCGGGAUCCUGUUGCUCGUCCUCGUUGCCGUGGUUACAGAUUGCUCAGUGCUGAUGCUAAUAGAAGCGGGUUACAUUACCGGUCUGACGUCAUACCAGGAUGUAGUGAGAACAGCGAUGGGCAAGCCAGUGUUUUACAUCCUUACCUUGCUACAAUUCACCUACCCGUUUAUCGCGAUGGUGAGUUACAAUGUGAUUAUCGGGGACACCAUCACCAGGCUGUUCGUGAGAAUUGGCGGAGAAUCCCUGAGUAACACUGUCCUCGGUAACCGUCAGUUUGUCAUCCUCCUAGUCACUCUAGUCAUCACCUUGCCCAUCUCUCUCUACAAGAACAUCGCCAGACUCAGCAAGUGGGCCUUCCUGUCGAUCUUCCUGGUCCUCGUCAUCCUGGUCAUGGUCCUCAUCCGAAUCCCAGAUUUCGCACAGACUAUUCCAACCACUGCCGAUUCCUUCACGUUUGCACGACCCAAUGUGACCCAGGCUAUAGGGAUCAUGGCUUUUGCGUUCAUGUGCCACCACAACGUGUUCCUGAUCCACGCAUCGCUGGAGAACAACACCUCGAAGCGCUGGAAAAUCGUCACUCAUUCCAGCUUUAUCGUCUCUCUCGUCAUUAUGAUGGUUAUCGGCGUGGCUGGUUAUGUUACCUUCAAGACCUACACACAAGGUGAUCUGUUGGAGAGUUAUUGUCACAGGGAUGAUCUGGCCAAUACGGGGAGGUUUCUUUUCGCUGUCACCAUCAUGCUGACCUAUCCAAUCGAAUGCUUUGUUACUAGAGAGGUCGUGGAGUUGUCUCUGUUCGCCAGCCGUCAGCCCUCUCCGACCCUCCGACACAUCGCUGUCACCGUCACCAUCGCCAUUCUGGCCGCUGCCCUCUCCAUUACCACCGACUGUCUGGGCAUUGUACUGGAGUUCAAUGGCGUGCUUGUGGCCUCCCCCCUGGCCUUCGUCAUCCCCUCUAUCCUGGUCAUCAAGCUAAGGGGAGAGCCAUACUUCAGCUGGAGGAAUGUCGUCCCCACCCUCGUUUUUCUCUUCGGCGUCUUCGUCUCGGUGGUGGGCACUGUCAUGGCCAUCAUGAACGUGGUACAAUCAAAUACGUGUAACCAUGGCGCCGAGCCGGUCUAUUGUUACCCGGAGGUAGGAAGGAACCACACCGUUCCAUAUUUCAGUUACUCUGUGUAGAUGAAACGAUUGGAGAUCCCGAAUACGAGUGCAUGCUUCGGGAUUACUCGGCAGUUGUCGGAAAAUGUUUCCUUGUGAAGGUCACCUAAAUCUGAUAUUUUCCGCUUUUGUGCUUGUUCCAGGAUUUGGUCAGACGUAACUGGCUGAAUGUCCUCCUCAGAUCUUAAAGUUCCACUGACAAAUUAUGACAAUAAUUAAGACACUAGCCAAUGGAUUAGAAUCACUGCUUUGCUAGUGUGGUCAAACGCUUCUGCUGUUUGGCUCAUUUUCAAAAAACACAAAAUUAAUGUGUGAAUUUACAGUUCUUUGAUUCAAACAUACUAAGUAAUUGACCAAAUAAGUACUAAGUAAUUGUCUACUGCUGAAAUAAUUGAAGUAAUUAUGGUUGGUCACCAAGUGGAGAUCUAGAUCCAAUUUCAGGAUAAGAUCAUGUCUGUAGUCUCCAAUGCCAAGAUCUACUUAUUGUGAACUAAGCAUAAUGGAUCAGUCGACCUCUGACCUGCUAGGUAGUUAAAUCUCAUUAUCCAGCCACAGAUGCUGCGUCUCAUGCUUGGCUGUGACGUCACUCUGCAGCUGACAGUAUUUCCUCUGGCGUAAAUAGACGCCAUCUUGAUUCAUGUGAGAAGAAAUUUUCUCGAGAUACGCAAGCGCCCAGAUAUUUCGUACAUAGAGUUUGUCAAAAGUAAAAGAGUCGUGGUGUUCCAAGUAGUAUUCACAUGAAUUCAAAAGCACGGGACCGGUGACGUCACUGUUGCUGCUACAAGUAUAUGUAUACAGGUCUAAAGCGAAUUCACUGGUAGAAUGGUAAUCAGUGACGACCUCCUACUUCAACGUCUGCUAAUGACGGGAGAUCUUUCUCCAGUCUUGCAGAUUUUUUUCUUGU